UGUCGCGGAAGUUGUACUUCAGUCUUUUGUGGCAAAGUUUUCACUGGUCCCAAACGCUCGCCUGCCAGCGGAAUCGGAAAAUCAAUAUCACCGCAGUAUCCGUCAUACCAGCGCGAAACCAGAGCCAGACGUCCUCGAACGAAGUCACACUUUGGCGCCUUUGUCUCUGGGUCUCUUUGGUGGAACGGCUACUGCGUUGGUGGGGUUUGCUAGUGAAAUUAAUCUCACCUGCCUGGUGAAACAUUGAACCGAAUUAGGCGGAUCACAUCACUACGCCAGGUGAAGGUGGCUGAUUGGCACGAAGGAAAGUUCCGGAAGCAGUUCCGAGUAGCGAAACCGUAGCGAGAGGCCAGGCCACCAGCGCCAGGCCAGACCAGUCUGUGUGUGUGUGUGGGAGUGCGUUUGGUUUCUAACGUGGCGCUCGACAACGGUAUCAAAACGCAGUCCCGAGUGCAUCCGAGUCCUGGUAGUGCUCGCACUUUGGUGUGGGCACUGCCCCUGACGGCAUCAUGCAACAUGGUGACCGAGGAGAGUGAUCAUCCACACCAUCCGGAGGAGGCGAAGACGCCGACGCAGGAGAAGGAUAGCAACCUGCUAGCGCGCACCGACAGCAGCGAGGUACUGAUCCAGAGCAGCAUGGAUGACAUUUUCGAUGUUAUCAAAUCGGGCGAGCUGUCGGAGGUGGAAAAUUUGGUGGAAAAGGUAGGGCAGGAGGCAUUGAGCGCUCGGGACAAGCAUGGAUACACUCCGGCCCACUGGGCGGCGCUCGAUGGGAAUGUGGAGAUGAUGCGCUAUCUGGUCGAGCGCAAUGCACCGGUCGAUCUGCCCUGCCUAGGUACGCAGGGACCGCGCCCGAUACAUUGGGCCUGCCGUAAGGGACAUGCGGCCGUCGUGCAGGUGCUGCUGCAGGCUGGGGUAGCUGUGAAUGCGGCCGACUUCAAGGGCCUUACGCCACUGAUGACGGCCUGCAUGUACGGGCGGACGGCAACGGCUGCCUAUCUGUUGGGUAUGGGCGCGCAAAACCAUCUGACGGACAUUAACGGUGAUACGGCAUUGCACUGGGCGGCCUAUAAGGGGCAUGCGGAUUUGAUACGGCUGCUAAUGUACUCGGGCGUGGAUCUGCAAAAGACGGACAACUUCGGUUCGACCCCGCUGCAUCUGGCCUGCCUGUCGGGCAAUUUGCAGUGCGUGAAGAUCCUGUGCGAGAAGCGCAAUCUGGAGCUGGAACCGCGCGAUAAAAAUGGGAAGACGCCGGUAAUGUUGGCCCAGAGCCACCGGAACAGUGAGGUGGUGAAGCUGCUGCACAAUGAGAUGAAGAAAAAGUCCCGCUGGAUGCCACCGAUUUCGGAGAUUUGGGGUAUGCUGUUCGGUGGGGCUGGUGCAUCGAAGGGACCGUUGAUAUUGUUCCUGGUGUCGGUACUGCUGUGGGGAUAUCCGAUGUACAUGAUAAGGUGCAUUCCAAUCACGUGGAACAUACUGCGACGGUCGCACUACUGCUUCAUCUACUGGAAUGCGGUCAUGUGGAUUAGCUGGAUCAUAGCGAACAGGCGCGAUCCCGGCUACAUCCCACUCAACUCCGACACCUACUACCGGGCGAUCAAGCAGAUCCCGUACUUUGACAAGUGGAAGAAGCGAAACAUCAUUCUGUCCCGGCUCUGCCACAGCUGUCGCUGUUUGAGGCCACUGCGGGCGAAGCACUGCCGCAUAUGCAAUCGGUGCGUGUCGUACUUCGACCAUCACUGUCCGUUCAUCUACAACUGCGUGGGGCUGCGCAAUCGCAUGUGGUUUCUGCUGUUUGUGCUGAGCAUCGCGAUCAACUGCUCGUUCACGAUCUACUUCGCCUGCUACUGCGUCAUGAUCGAGGGGUUCAGCUUGCUGUACGUGCUCGGGCUGCUGGAAGCGUUCGUGUUUUGUGGCCUCGGGUGGAUUCUCACCUGCACAUCGAUACUGCACGCCUGCAUGAACCUCACCACCAACGAAAUGUUCAACUACAAACGCUACCCGUACCUGCGGGACAAGCGCGGCCGGUACCAGAACCCGUUCUCCCGCGGCCCGGUGCUGAAUCUGUUCGAGUUCUUCGUCUGCCUGCCGGACCGCCAGGACGACCAGGACUACAUCCUCGACGAGAACCUUUGAAAAUUGCCCAACCACUCCGGCGCACGCCGGAAACGCAUCACCAGCAGUGGCAGCAACAGCAGCGGCAGCAGCUAGCUCGAACCGCGCAACUAAACCGCUUCCGGGGGGGGAGAGUGGGGGAGAAAUUCGAGCUUGGAGUGUUUGCUUGGUGGUGCGCAUCGCCAUACUUUUUCUACCACUUCUUCGCCAUUUUGCCAUUUUAGCGCGAGUUCACACCAUUUGCCGGCCAUGCCACAGUCUACCUAAGAGGAGAGGAAACCCGGAGCCAUGUCGAAGUUGUUGAACGUAACGUUACGACCAAACACGGGUUUUACGUUUUACAAAACGGGUUUUAUGAUUCUUACUAAGUGUUUCGUUAAUGAUUCUAAAAAACACACAUUUGUUACGGAGCUGUAUGGCCGCGUCGUUACCGUUUUUU